UACUUAUGCAGCAGCCUUAAUGGCGUGACGAUGUAGUGUCGAAUUUUGCACGUGUUUUAAAAGCCCAGUGACGUCAUGGAAUGGUGCGAAUGACAUCGGAUCUAUAGACGUCGAACGUCGUCGACGAACGAUACGUCGACAGUCGACACUCACUGUCGAGCCGACAGCAGUUCAUUUCCCCCGAAUAACCCGGGUUUCCUACGUUCGCGCAGAUCGGAAUAAUAUCCUUCGACGACGUCUCAUCCUAUUUACGUGGAGAUAUUGAAGAAAGAACGAUAUAAUAGUGGUGUCAGCUGCAGAACGUUUAGUUCGGCAAAAAAAAAGAGGAAGAAUGAAUGACGAAACGGGAAGAAGAAGUGUCGCCAGUGUUGACGAAUCGUCAGCGUCUAAAAUCAAGUUUCCCGCCGGAUCAUCGUCACCGACACCGACGAUGACGUUGGACCCGCCUGAGUCUCCUGGGAUCACAAUAACGGUGCCCAGGUUACUCGUCGACGCCUCUCCUGGCCAGGAUCACUGCAACGUCGACGAUGACAUGGAAUGCAACAACAAUUGCUUCCGUGAACAGCAUGGACGAGAAGAGCAGCAGCAGCACCACAAACAACAAGAACAAGAACAACAGCAGCUACAACAACCACAGAAACCGGCCCGUUUUUUAUCAGUGCCCAUGGCGCAGUUGGGUCGACGAAGGACGAGUUCCGCAACGCAGGAGUCGGCCAGAGCUGGCCUCAUGCUGGCCUCCGUCGGAGUGUCCCAUCAGAGCCAGCUGGCCCGGUCCAGGACCAAGCGAAACCUGAGCAUGAUUCAAUUUGCAGAUGAUGGCUCAGUGAUUGACUAA